AUGAAUAAACAUUUCAGUUCGUACUUCACUGAUGUUGACACCGUUGCCUGGGACUGGGUUCGGGAUCCAUUUGUUGCCCAUUCAUCAGCGCGUGGUCUCAGUGGAAAGGCAGAGGAAGAGCUGUUGGAGCUGCCAUGCGAUGGGACCCAGAGAAUCCGGUUCCGUCAAGGUGUGCAUGUAGACUUUUGGCCUUCUGUUCAACAGGAGUAUCCUGAACUCGUUGUUACUGCUAUGAAGAUCUUGUUCAUUUUUCUAACUAUGUACCUCUGCGAGGCAUCUUUCUCAGCUCUGACAGCCAUGAAGACCAACUACAGGGCUCGGAUGCAUGUGGAGAAUGACGCAUGA